AUGUCGCGUUUGAAUGGCUUCCUUGAUGAUCAUCCGUGGAUGUCACGGAUCCUCUCGAUACGUAAGUACUUGCCACCGUUGAACUUCAUCACCAUCCACUAUGCCUACUUCAUCGUCGUAUGUCUCAUCAGCUCCGUCAUCUUCUGGCGCUCAUCAGACGUUACCUCCCCCGUCAGCUACACCGAUAGUCUGUUUCUCGUGGUUUCUGCCAUGACCGAGGCCGGGCUGAAUACAGUCAAUCUCAGCGCCUUGACGACCUGGCAGCAGACGAUACUCUUCCUCCUCAUCAUGCUGGGUAGCACCAUCUGGGUCUCCAUGUGGACCGUCUUGGCACGAAAGCACGUCUUCGAGAAGCGCUUCGACGACAUUGUGCGCAUCGAGUGCGCCCGCAAGCUUAGCCAACGGGGGGGAGGCAUGUCGCUGGCCCUGCCGAAGCUGCGCAAGGCCAUCUCGUUCCGCAAAGCGCAAACCGUCCCUGUACCCGACCGAACCCUCCCGGCGAUGGGAAGCCGGGCGUUGGAGAACAGGGUAGAUCCACAGGUUGCCAAGGCGAUGCCAAGACCUCGGCGUGCAUUGUCCUUACCCGAUCUAGAUCUCGUGGAGCCACCCAACACUUUGGCAGAGCCGGAGCCGAGGCUGAAGCCGGAGCCGGAGCCGGAGCCGCCCGGCCCUGACAAUACUGACAGACACAUCGUCUUUGUCGACACUCCGUACAGAGCAGAAGGCAGCAGUGCCACUUCUACCGGCACUUCCUAUUUCAGCCAGAGUCGGCCUACGCGGAGAAAUGGCGUCUCCAAGACACCGGCGGACCAGAACAGGGUUGAACUCAGCAUCCGUCAUUUCCUUGGGAGCCGCUCCUCCAGUCGCAAUGGCCAGUUUCAUAGCCUCACUAGCGAGGAGCGUGAGAACCUUGGCGGGUGUGAGUACCGUGCCCUGAAAACCCUUGCAGUCUUAGUACCUCUCUACUUCUUCCUGUGGCAGUUGCUGGGGUGCGUCGCGCUUGGAGCAUGGAUAAACAACAACAUGCCCGACACUGCAAAGACAAACGGUAUCAACCCGUGGUGGCUCGGCGUCUUCAACGGCGUCUCAGCCUUCAACAACUCGGGCAUGUCACUCCUAGAUGCGAACAUGAUCCCAUUCCAGAACGCCUACUUCGUCCUUAUCACAAUGGGGCUUAUGAUCCUAGCCGGCAAUACCGCGUACCCUCUCUUCCUCCGCCUCAUUGUAUGGACUGGCCUUGAGCUCUUAAAGGCCACGACUAGCGAUGAUGCCUAUGACGACCUCAAGGCCACGCUAGAGUUCAUUCUCAAGUACCCUCGCCGAGUGUAUACGAACCUAUUUCCGUCUCGUCCUACCUGGUGGCUUUUCUUCAUGCUCACCUGGCUGAAUUCCAUUGAUUGGGUCGCAUUUGAGGUUAUGAACAUCGGCAAUCCAGUCAUCGAUAGUAUUCCACCAGGCUCUCGCAUCCUCGACGGUCUAUUUCAAGCCCUUGCCGUCCGGUCUGGUGGCUUCUACGUCGUGCCCAUAUCCCAGAUCUAUAUCGGCCUUCAGGUGCUGUAUGUUUCCAUGAUGUACAUCUCCGUAUACCCCGUCGUCAUCACGAUGCGCCACUCCAACAUUUACGAGGAGCGCUCGCUCGGCAUCUACAGUGGCGAUGGGUUUUCCACGCUUGAUGCUGACCCCGAGGCCGCUGUACCGCUGUUCUCCGCUGAUGGCCACGACGCCGACUCACAUGUCCACACUUCCAACACUAACGGCAUACCAUCCACGGCCCCAACUCUCGUACGUCGGCUGAGCCGCUCCAGCGCAGCCGUCGACAUCGGACACGCUUUGCAGCGUACCUUCACGUGGAACGGUGUCGGCGCCCCGCCGGCAAUGCACAGCAAAAAGUCCUACAAGGGCCACACACUGGACCGCCCGGACGGCGGCAGCAGCAGACGAAACAGUCGAAUCGGCUUCAUCAGCCAGCAAAUCCACGGGCAAAUGGCUCACGAUAUCUGGUGGCUGGUGCUGGCAGUCCUAGUUAUCACUACAAUCGAGACUUCGCACUUCAUGGCGGACCCAGUGGCAUUUUCAGUCUUCAACAUCAUCUUUGAGGUUGUGUCAGCGUAUGGCACCGUCGGGAUCUCUGUGGGGAUUCCGAGGGACGCGUAUAGCUUCUCCGGAGCCUGGCACACUGGUAGCAAGCUUGUUUUGUGCCUCGUCAUGCUGCGUGGCAGGCAUCGCGGCCUGCCGGUUGCAUUGGAUCAUGCGGUGAGGUUGCCAGGGGAGCACUUACAUCGAGAUGAAGAGGAGGACCACCAGAUACGGAGAACCAUGACGGGGCCACGGAUAGAUCUGAAUUCCUAA